UGCUAUUGCCAUUGCCAUUGCAGUUUAAUUUGUUUAUAUGGUUUGCUCGUCUGCUUCGGCUCCUGUUGGAGUGUUUCUUUUUUUUUUGCCAUUAAAUUGUGGCACUUUCUUAGAGAAGAGGCAUCUCUCUCAUGAAUAUUUCUGUAACUUCUUACCAUGGCUGUUCCGUUGUCAAAGCAGGUCUGCUCGAUUCUGAGGAAGACAGUGAUAGGUAGUGAGGUUCCAUCAAGGUUAGGUUCUCUUGGAGGGUUGUUAUAUGGAAAUAUCAGGAGUGCCAGUACCUUUAAGGCAGCUGUUCUAAAGGAGUUUCACAAACCUUUAGAAAUAGAAACUAUAACUGCACCGAAAAAGAUAAAGAAAGAUGAAAUAAGAGUGAAAGUGGUGAAUUGUGCUGUUAAUGCCAGUGAUAUUAUGAUAUGUGAUGGUGAGCAUGAAUUAAGUCCGAAACUUCCAUUCACCCCAGGAUUUGAAAUCGCUGGAGAGAUUCUUGAAUCCGGCAGUGAUGCAGCUGCUGAAGGUUUUAAUGUAGGUGACCGUAUUGUAGGUCUUAACAAAGACAAGCAUGGAGGCUUUGCAGAGCAGUGUGUUAUAUCCAUGAAAGAUGCAUGGCUGGCACCAUCCUCAGUUAGUUACAAAAAGUGUGUCUCUCUGGCAGAUAGUUAUGCCACAGCACUCAUUGGUUUAGCUCGGAGGGCCCACCUGAAGGAGGGUGACUCUGUUUUAAUUACUGCAGCAGCUGGUGGAUUAGGACUUGCGGCAGUUGAUAUUGCAUCUCAUGUUUACAGAGCUAAGGUGGUUGGAGUUUGCAGUACUUCGGACAAGUCUUCGUUAGUCCGUGAAAAAGGAGCUUGGGCGGCCUUAGUAUUUAACCCACAUGAUUUGGAAGUGACAGUGAAAGAUGUCAGUAAAGGAAAAGGAAUGAAAGUUGUUUUUGAUGCCGUAGGCGGAGACGUAUUUACAGCCUCCCUAAAGACAGUUGCACAUGAAGGUACUGUGAUUGUGGCAGGAUUUGCUUCACGCCAGGUACCGCAAUUACUACUUAGUGAACUUCUACAGGGAUCCUACAGUAUUCUAGGUGUCUCUCUAUCAUACUAUCGAUUAAAUGACCCAGAAGUUUACAGAGACACAGUUCAAGAUGUCCUGGACAUGUGUGAGCAAGGCUUAAUCAGCCCCCACAUAUCACAGGAUUUUGAUCUAGACAAGGUAAACGAGGCGAUGGAGUACAUGAGAGCUCGAAAAUCGUCAGGAAAAGUUAUCAUCAAUAUUUGUGAUUCGUAAUCUUAAUAUUAACAUUUAUCCUGAGAAGGAUUUAGAAGAAGUUUGGUUGAGAUAUUGACAUAAGCAAACCUUGAUUCAAUGCCAUAAGCUCUUUAAUACCAGUUCAAUCUUACUAUUUUCCCAACUCAUUCAAUAUUUAUAUACUAAUAAUUAUUGUUAUUUUAAUCCAGUGCUUAAGAUCUCUGGCAAUAAUUGUUAGUAGCCCCUGUUCUGAAUUAAAGUUUAACAGCUUGUUGAAA